CAAAACGAAAACCCUAGCAAGCAGAGCUCUUCUCUUCUCUUUCUCUGCCGCCGCCGCCGCUCGUUCCAUCAUCCCCUUUGGCUUCGCCGCCGCCCCUCCCUCCCUUCCUUCCCCGGCCGGCAGCAACCAUGGCGGAGACCUCGGCCCGCGGCGGCGCCUGCCAGGCGCUCUUGUUCCCGUCGUCCUCGUCCCCGUCGUGCGCGCGGGUGGAGGCGCUCGUCGUCUUUACCAUCUGCGACAGCUACGUGCGCCGCCCGGACCAGGCGGACCGCGUCAUCGGCACCCUCCUCGGCUCCGUCCUCCCCGACGGCACCGUCCACGUCCGCAACGCCUACGUCGUGCCCCACAGCGAGUCCGCCGACCAGGUCGCUCUCGACAUCGAGUACCACCACAACAUGUACGUGUCGCACCAGAAGGUGAACCCCAAGGAGGUGAUCGUCGGAUGGUUCUCCACUGGCUUUGGUGUUUCGGGGGGUAGUACGCUUAUCCACGAAUUCUAUUCAAGAGAAGUACAAAGCCCUAUUCAUCUCACUGUUGAUACUGGGUUCACUAUGGGGGAGGCUUCGAUCAAAGCCUAUGUCUCAUCCAACCUGUCUCUUGGAGAUAGGCACCUUGCUGCCCAAUUUCAGGAGAUUCCUCUUGAUCGAAAGGUGCUUUUGUCAGAAACAGUUGAGUUUGAAAUGCUGAAAUCUGUGGUCGUGGAGAAGCUCCCCAAUGAUUUGGAAGGAAUGGAGUCUUCAAUGCAAAAGCUUUACGCUCUUAUCGAUGAGAUCUACAAAUAUGUUGAUGAUGCUGUGGAAGGCCGUGUGGCACUGGACAACAAGAUUGGCAGGUUCAUUGCCGACACUGUUUCCUCUGUUCCGAAGCUGUCUCCAUCUGCUUUUGAAAGGGUUUUCAAUGACAGGAUUCAGGACAAUCUUGCACUGGUAUACCUGUCAAGCAUCACACGGACUCAGAUUGCGGUAGCCGAGAAGCUGAACACCGCUGCCCAAGUCCUGUGAUUUCCUCGCAUAGUCUGGGUGGCCGACUCCAUGGCAUCAGUUUUCAUUUGGUGAAUGGGAAAUCAAAAUGUGUUGGCAGAAUAUGCAAUUUUUGUACUUGUUAUCUGAUGCCUAAAGAAAAGUGUUCCCCCUGUUUGAGAUCGUAAUGCGUGCACUAAUGCGGGCUGAGACCUAUCUAUUGAAUUAGUAUAGCACUUUUCUUCUAGCUGAAUAUUUGUCUAGAAUAACAGUGAAUGGUGAUGGCAUGAAUAUUCUUGGUUCUGUUCGA